AUGAGUGUCCCAAAUUUACCCAUUGAGGUAUGGUGGCAAAUCUUGAGCUUUUCAGACAAGAAAACGCUCUGGGCACUGCGUUGUGUCUCACGCGCUUUUCUACGCCGCGUUGAAGAUACGCUUGUUCCUGAGAGCCUGAACACUGAUUGGUAUCGGAUGUAUGAAAAGAGAUGUAUCGAUUUGGAGGAAGACUCUCCGAAGUGGCGCUGCGAAGGCGAAAGUCCUGUCCAUGCGCUCAAUGGAGCAGCAAUAGCGACGUUUCUCUAUGCUCCAUUCAGGUUGUCGCAACGGAGAUCUGAUUGGGAUCUCGAGCUAUACAAUUGGUUGUCAAGAGACAGUGGCGAGGACGUUGCGGCGCUUCGCAGAAGGGCGAAUCAUUUCAGCCUUGCAAAGGCUAAAGUGCUUUCUAUCCAUAGGAAUGUUGACAUGGAAGAAACUCUAGAGGACCUGCCUGAGAUGUUUGAACAGCUGGUCCUGGGCCGACCUCAAAUCAGACGUCACAUCAUUGUCAGCGAAGAUGGCCAAUCUUUGUUGGUACCCAUCUAUCUGCUCUGGACACGUCAUUUUGAGCUGGUCGUGCAGCAGGAAGAUCUUUAUGAUCCCCCUGACGAUUACAAUUAUGGGCGAGUUAUCCCUCUCAUCCUACAGCAUAUGCAUGACCCGCAAUUUUGA